AUGGAGCCGCUGCAGAAUGGAGGCGGCGAAGAGAAAGCGGAGGCGGCGCCGCCCGACGGCCCGACGGCCAGCGGGCUCGGAGGCGCCACCGCCGACCAACGGCCGCGGCGAGGCCCGAGCCCCGCGCUGCCGAGCGGGCGGCGGCGAAGCGGAGGGGGCCGGGCCGGGUGGGCGGAAGCCGCCACCGUGGGCCGCGAGAGGGAGCGCCCCAGCCCCGCCCUCCGCCCGCGCCUCGACUCCCUGCGCAAGAACCGCCCGCCCUUUCCUUGGUUUGGGUUGGAUAUCGGAGGGACCCUGGUCAAGCUUGUUUAUUUUGAGCCCAAGGACAUUACUGCUGAGGAAGAGGAGGAGGAAGUAGAAAACCUGAAAAGCAUUCGGAAGUACCUGACUUCCAACACUGCCUACGGAUCCACGGGCAUUCGGGACGUCCACCUUGAGCUAAAGGACCUUACGCUGUGUGGACGUAAAGGCAAUCUCCACUUUAUACGCUUUCCCACUCAUGACAUGCCCGUUUUUAUUCAAAUGGGCAGCGAAAAGCACUUCUCGAGCCUCCACACCACCUUAUGUGCCACGGGAGGCGGAGCGUAUAAAUUUGAGCAGGACUUUCGCACAGUGGGGGAUCUCCAGCUCUGCAAACUGGAUGAACUCGACUGCCUGAUUAGAGGAGUCUUAUAUAUCGAUUCAGUUGGCUUCAAUGGACACUCGGAGUGCUACUAUUUUGAAAACCCAACUAAUCCCGAAAAGUGUCAGAAGCUCCCCUUCAACCUGGAGAAUCCGUACCCUCUCCUUUUGGUGAACAUCGGCUCCGGGGUCAGCAUCUUGGCUGUGUAUUCCAAAGACAAUUACAAGCGGGUGACGGGGACCAGCCUGGGAGGAGGAACCUUCUUCGGCCUCUGCUGCCUUCUGACUGGGUGCUCCACCUUCGAGGAGGCUCUCGAAAUGGCCUCCCGCGGGGACAGCACCAAAGUGGACAAGCUCGUGCGAGAUAUUUAUGGGGGCGACUAUGAGAGGUUUGGGCUGCCAGGAUGGGCUGUGGCAUCCAGCUUUGGGAACAUGAUGAGCAAGGAGAAGCGAGAGGCAGCCAGUAAGGAGGACCUAGCGAGAGCGACCUUGAUCACUAUCACCAAUAACAUCGGCUCCAUAGCCCGGAUGUGUGCACUGAAUGAGAACAUCAAUCGGGUGGUUUUCGUUGGCAACUUCCUCCGCAUCAACACUGUCUCCAUGAAGUUUCUGGCCUAUGCUUUGGAUUACUGGUCUAAGGGGCAGCUGAAGGCUCUUUUCUUGGAACACGAGGGUUACUUUGGAGCCGUCGGAGCUUUUCUGGAGCUUUUGAAUUCACCCUGAUUCAAAACAUGGAGCCUGAACCCCGGUAGCUGC